AUGAUCUACACGAUCCAUCAGCCGACUGCGGAGGUGCUGUCGUACUUCGACGACGUGAUGCUGAUGACGCAGGGCCGCAUUGCGUACCACGGGACGAUGGCUGCGUCGCUGGACUACUUCGAGUCCAUCGGGUUCCCGUGCCCGGACAAGUACACGCCGACGGACUACUACAUGGUGCUGCUGCAGGACAGCGUGACGAGCAAUGUCCUGAUCAAGCGUUGGCGCAAGUACCUGAAGAACGCACCUCGCACGCCGCACACUGCCGCUGUGCGUCUCGCGAGGAGCCGCAGUGAUUCGUCUGCUGCGCGGUUCCUGGAUGCGUACAUUGCGAAGUUCGGCAGCUCGCCGGCUGUGCAGUUGUACGAGCUGACGCUGCGCACGAUGAUAGAGAUCUCGCGCGACUCCCUGUACCUGUUCUCGUACAUGGCGCAGGCGAUCUUCUUCGCCGUCGUUGUAGGCCUGAUCUUCAUUAUGUUUUCGUUUGUGGAUGUAGACAUCGCACCCUCUCCUCCUCCUACCUCCCCCACACUCUCUGUGUGGUCUGCUUGGGUCGUUCGGUGGAGUGUGCCUCUGCAUCGCUGUUCAUCAGUGUUAUCGGCUUGGCGUCCCUCGCGCAUUACAUUGUGCGCGUCUCUCUCUCUGUACAUUCACUCCUACAUGAGCGAGAAGUGCAUCGCCUCCAGCACGGCUCCAUGUGGACUCGCUGCUAUGUUGUGGAUGGAGAUAUGUCGGCGUGCGCCUCUGUAA